CGGGGACGUGACGUUUAGGCAGUCGCGAACAUGGCGUCUCGAUCGACGGGCGGAGGAACCCUCCUCGCCUCGGGAAUCAGAACGCGAGAGCGCAAAGAACGCAAGCUAUACAGUGAUGACUGGGCUCUUGGAGAUGAAGAGAUUGAGGGUCACCACACCUUUGACCUUGAACAAAAAAUUAAGACAGACAAAUUUGACUCGUGUUUUGUCAAAGACAUGACAGAUCAUGAAUAUACCUUGGCUCAUGUCCAGGAGAAAGGAUUUAAUUGGCCAUUACUCUUCAAAGACAAAUCGAAGUUGGGCAUUACAAUACCCAGUUCAGACUUUACCAUAAAUGAUGUGCGACUGUGUGUAGGGUCACGGAGAAUGCUUGACGUCAUGGAUGUGAACACACAGAAGAAUGUGGAGAUGACAAUGAAAGAUUGGCAGCGAUACUUUGACAGCCAGGACAAGGACAAGCUGCUGAAUGUGAUUUCCCUGGAGUUCUCUCACACCAAGCUGGAGUCACUGGUUCAGGCACCCACAGUGGUACGCCAAGUAGACUGGGUUGAGAGAGUUUGGCCUAGACACCUCAAGGAAGCACAGACAGAAGCCACCAAUGUCCUGGAGGACAUGAUGUAUCCAAAGGUCCAGAAGUAUUGCCUAAUGUCUGUCAGAGGAUGCUACACAGAUUUCCACAUUGACUUUGGGGGCACUUCAGUGUGGUAUCAUGUCCUGAGGGGAAGGAAGAUCUUCUGGCUGAUACCACCUACAGAACGCAAUCUGCAACUGUAUGAGCAGUGGGUGUUGUCGGGGAAGCAGAGUGACAUUUUCUUUGGGGAUACAGUUGAGAAGUGUGCCCGAAUAGAGCUCAAGCAAGGCAGCACCUUUUUUAUUCCCACUGGUUGGAUUCAUGCAGUGUAUACCCCAGAGGAUUCCCUAGUGUUUGGAGGGAACUUUUUACACAGUUUCGGCAUAGAGAAACAGCUGCGUGUUGCUCAGGUUGAAGACGCUACACAUGUACCUCAGAAGUUCAGAUAUCCUUUCUUUACGGAGAUGCUUUGGUAUGUCUUAGAGCGCUAUGUCCAUGUUUUGCUUGGCCGCACACACCUCACUCUUCCUCCUGAUGAGCAGCAGAAAUAUGAAAGAUAUUUGGCUUCCAAGAAGAAGAACAAUAAUAAUAAUAAAGUUAAAGGGGAGGAUGAAGAGAGUGAUGGAGGAGAGGACGUGCCUGAGGAGCACAUCCACCUCACUCAGUUUGAACUUCAUGGCCUCAAAGCAAUCGUCAUGUACCUCCAUGCUCUGCCCACAAGCAAGAAGUGUGUGCCAGAGCUCAUUACAGACCCCAUAGCUUUAAUUAGAGAUGUCCGCACAGUUGUUGAAAAGCACAGAUAUGACAGCCCAGAACUGUCAACAACAAGUCGGCCGGUGUUGGAGUGGUGGCCCCGGGAAUCAACAAAGUUUGGUGUGAAACGACCAAUAAGUGAUCCAACUGCCGGUGCAACCAAGAGGAGACGAAGGAAUUCUGAUGAGAACAAAGUGGUCAGACUACCUCCCAAUGCUGCCAAAAUUAGACACAGAAGAGUGAGAUGUAAAUAUUGCGAGUCUUGUCUAAGAGAUGAUUGUAGACAGUGUGGUUUUUGCAUGGACAUGGUCAAGUAUGGUGGGCCAGGCACCAUGAAGCAAACAUGCAAAAUGAAGAAAUGCACCCAGCCGAUGCUCCCAGUGACUGCUGUCUGCUAUGAGUGUCAGCUUGAUGGAUGGGGACGAAUGAUAGCGACCCCACCACAUAAGCCUCCUCCAAAUGUGCCAAGUGGCCUGUUUGAAUGCUGCAUCUGCUACAAGAUUUCACAUCUCAAGUGUUUGUCAAACAAGUAUGAAGAUGCAGAUGGUAUUGUCAACGAGGAUCUGCCCAACAGCUGGGAAUGUCCAGAAUGUGUUAAAGAAGGAUAUAAUAAGGAGUACAAACACAAUCGGGUUCCAAGCAGUCGAACCUCAACAGCAGGGAGUGACACAGGUGAUAUAAAGACUCCACAGGUCUUGUCCGAAGCAGAAGAAGAUGUGAAGGUUAAACUAGAGACAUUGGAGAAUGGAGGAGGAAAAUCUUUUGAUCCCAAGAAAGAUAUGUCUCCGGUGAAGGUGAAGCAAGAGAUAGGCAGCGCCGUAGAAGCCCUUGACGCCGCGCCGCCCCACAUGCCCACGUGGGAGCAGCUGCAAGCUCGGGUCUCACGUCCUCUAGUCCGUCCUAUGUGGGUGGUGCGGCCCACGCCCCCUCUGCCCGACGAGGAGGAGGAAGAGGAAGAGGAAGACGAAGAGAGUGGCAGCGACGGGGAGAGUCGGACUGCCGCGCGGGAGCCUCCGCCGCCCACCAUGAACCGCUCGGUGAUGCUGCCCGUCUUUCACCAUCUGUCAGUCCAGGACCUCAAAGUUGUGAUGCAGGUCUGCCGAGCUUGGGCGCAGUGGGCCAUCCACCCGGCGUUGUGGAAAGCCAUCAGUUUGUCGCACAAGAGGAUUCACGCCACGCACCUGGAGGGCGUCGUCCGGCGCCAGCCUCGAUCCCUGGACCUGAGCUGGGCCAAGAUUUCGGCGGAGCAGUUCUCUUGGCUGCUCGCUCGCCUUCCUCAGCUUCGUGAGCUCCACCUGGAAGGCCAGAAUUGGCAAGUCAUAUCAUGUCUUACUUCUCCAUACUGCCCAGCAUUGUCUGUGCUCAAUCUUUCCUACUGCGAAGGCUUGACUGACAAUUCGUUGACUGUAUUGCUGUCUGCGCCACGCUCUCACCGGCCAGGACAUCGCGAUACGUCAACAAGACUGCGCCAGUUGACUGACUUCAGGCUGGCAGGGACUCAGGUUGGAGACGAAGGGGUUCGUGCUAUCGUGCGCUCUCUGCCGUUUCUGACUGCAUUGGAUCUCAGCAGCUGCCAGCGCAUAACAGAAUUAACGGCGGCCCUCCUGGCUCAACCUUCCAGCGUAGUGAGCCACUCGCUCUCUUCAUUGGACCUGAGGGGAUGUCACCGUCUGGCCCCCACCUGUCUGCCCUCGCUGAAAUGUCUGCCCCUCCUCGCAAGGCUUGCCCUCCACCCGUGCUCGCGCAUUCCACUCCCUGCGUUGAGUGUCUGGGGUAAGUCACACGGGUAUGCCCUCACGAAUCAGGAUGUGUUGGUGCGGAAGCCACCCCCUCCCCCCGACCCCACGGCAGACCCCUCCUCGGACUCCGACUUGUCGUCUCUGUCCCGCUGUUCCUCGCCAGGGGCCGCGCAGGCAGUGCAGAAGGGAGAGGACCUGCGGGUAGACGAAGAAAAGAGUAAAGGGCCUGAGGAAAGUCAGGCUUUGGGAGACAAAGCCAAGGAUCAGAAAAGCAGUAUUAAGACCGAGGCACCUCCGGCAGAGAAAACGGCGAAAGUUCAAACAGAGAAGGAGCAGGUUGCGUGUCAUAAGGUGUUAACCGAAGUAAAGGCUGAAAACUCUGAAAAGAAACCUGAUAGCAUCAGUACAAAGCAAAACCACAGGGACAAAACAGAAAGCGCAAGCAACCUCGAGAAAAAGCCAGAUGAAUCGGGGCCAAGCAAGAGUGAGCCCGUGACGCAGAAGUCGGGACCAGAAAGUUCGCCGAGCAGCAGCUUGCGAGUGUCAACUAGGAGACAGAGUCGCCUGCAGGAGGGAGAAGGCGAAAGUGGAACCAGAUCAUCAAAUACAGAACACACUGCCAAGAAGAAUUCCAGUCCAGAACUCAAGGAGAGGAAGGCCUCCAGCAAUCCAGACCAAACAUUGAAAAAGCCUGCGAGUUCUGCAGAUCUAGCUAAGGGGAUUAGCAGCUCAGAAGAAGGAAAUCUCACCGAGUUAGACCAAAAAGUUAAGAAACCUUCGGAGCAAACCACCGAAAAGGCGACAAAUCCUGAACAGGCGGUUAAGAAUCAGUCUUCUCUUUCGCGGGAAAACAAAGAGAGAAACAAGAGUCCAUCUUGCGAAAAGAAAAGCAAAGGUAAUGAUAUUUACCUUUCGCAGCAAGGGAAAGAUAAGACAGCGGAACAGGUCUCAAAGAAAUGCUCUAGUUCCGAUGCCAAUACUAAGAAGCAAAAUACGACUUCAAAUCAAGCUGGAGAGAAAAAAUCCGGAAAUACAAAUUCAGGCGAAAAGGACAAUGAAGAGAAAUCUGCAUCUGAACAAAGUCCAUCUAAGGGCCAGUCUGUUUCAUCGGCAGAGCAAAAUAAAAGAAAAAAUGCUACAGAUACUGCUGAGGAGACACCCCAAAAACAGGGAAAUACAGCCGAAGACGGCUCAAAGCCUGCACCAAAGUCGGAACAAGAAAGUAAAGCCAAAGCCGCCCCCUCCGAGAAUACAGAGAAGAACAAUGCUGAUUCAGCGGACACCGCGAAAAAAGCAGGCCCGCCACCGACUGAAAGUAAGAAGAACAGUCCAUCUGCCACUGAGGAAGUUGACAAGAAGACUGCCAACGUCUCUGUUGGCGUUUCUUCAAGUGAAGAAAAAGAUAAAAAAUCAGGAGUUCCCGUAGGCGGCGAGAGCAAGAAAGGUGGCUCCCCGGCAGCCUCGACCGCGAAAAAGAAAACGCCAACCUCUCCAGAGCAAGUAAGCAAAAGGAAGUGUGUAGAAAAGAAAAGUUGUACAAGCUCGAGCCCAAGCAGCAGUGCGGCAAAGAGUGCAGACCAGCAGAAAAAUCAAAAGAACAUCAUCAUUACAUCAGUUGAGGUCCAUCGGGCAGACACGUACGAAGGGAAAGGAGAAGCCGAGUCUGGGGUUAGGCGACCAGAGAGGAGACAGAGUGUAAGGAGGUCAAAGGAUGAACAAGAAGGAAAGUCGGAAGAAAAGCGAGAUAAGAAUGAAAAAGUGGGCACAGAAUCCCCGAAAGAUAAAAGGCGAGAUUCAAAAAGUCGCGAAGAAGAAAUGAAUAAAAUCACAGUAGAGGAUUCUUCCGAAAAAGAAAUGAAGUCACCUGCCCCGAGGAAAAUUGAUGAGAAGAGGCCAAGUUCCGCCAGCAAGAGGUCUGGAGACAAGCACCUUGGCCAAGAGGCGUCUGGGAAAUUGAAGCAAGAAAAGGACAUCGUCACGCGGUCAACGAAAAGGUUAAAGUGUGAAAAGGGAACCGAAGAGAAGCAGGGCGACCUCCCUAAAGAUGAAGAGCAAACUAAAUCCAACGAGUCGGUCGCGGAUACACGAAAAACUUCCAGAAGAAGUAGAGAGAGCAGGGAGGAUAAAGAGGAAGUCCCGGCUGAAGAGGUAGAAAGGCGGGAAAUCAAGUCCCCCAGGCCAAUAGCCGUGAGAAGAGAAAGGGAUUCUCUCUCAGGCAAAACAGCCGAGAAGAAGGAAGACGAUUCUAAAGUGGCCAAGAGGGUAAAAACAGAAUCCGAGGAAUACAUGUCGAAACUACGAAGGAAAUCCCACGACGGGGAAGCCUCUAGUGAUUCGAGUAGCGUUUCCGAAAACACCCGGAAAGAAGACACUGCUCUCGAGAAGAUCAGAUCUAGGAGGAGAUCCCUGAGGGACGACGACGCCGCGAAAUCGAGCGCCGAGAAGAAGAAAGAGGACGCGAAAGAGGAGAAAACCAAGGCCCUCCAGAACCCAUCGUCCGAGCAAGCCGAAUCCCCAGCCAAAGCGAGCAAGGCCAGUUCGCACUCCAGCGAGAGUUCCGACUCGGGGUCCAAGCACAAGCGGAAGAGCGACGAAGGCGACGAAGGCCCUUCGAGCUCCAGCAAGAAGAGCAAGGACGAGGCCGAGGAAGGCAGUCGAGCGCCCAAGAAGGCCUCAGACCUCCACAGAGAAAGGUCCGGAAGCAGAGAGAGACCGGAGAGAGCUCACAGGUCACCAAGACGACUCUCCAUGUGUCAGUAGUGUGUGUUUGUUUUGAAGUCUAUAUUUUUCGGAACGAUUUCUUAUAUUUUCUAAAGUGAUCUCAUACUUUAUGUCCUUUGAGAAUAACAUUGUAAGAUAUGUUAACUGAUAGGGCCAUAGACGAAAAAACUAGGUUUAUUUUCUGUAGGCGUUCGUGUAAACUAUGUAGGCCGCUCCCUCUCAUGAAAUAUUAUAUUGUACAUAAUUGUUCAAGAAUAUUUAGGAUACGAUUUAUUUCACGUUUGAACUAAAUGUUGUUUGAUGUUACAAUGGAACAUGAUUAUAUGUAAUUUACCCAUUAUGUAUGUUAAAAAGGUGUUGUUUUAUAUGUAUAUAACUUGGUGCAAUUUCGUAUUAGUAUCUUCAGUAAUUGGCAGUAAUUCGCCCCAGUUUCUGUAAGUUACAAAUAAAUG